AAAAUAUUUUGUAGCAACUAAAGAGUAGAUUAUUGCAAAAAAUCUGAAUGUGAUCAAGAGUGACUACCAUGGUGAUAAGGAAAAGUACAAGGAUCUUGGAAGAAUGGACCCAAUCACACAGUCGAUUGCACAAGAUGAAUUCUCCAUCGAAGAAAAUCUACGUAGUGGAAUGGAGAUAGUUUUUCCAAAGUUUGACUUAUCACACAUUAAGUUUCUCAGUUGUCAAGAGGCCGAAUCGCUACCAUUCUCCACCAGAAAGUUGCCUGAAUUUUUGACUCGUUUUGGAGUCCCUCAAAAUUCAAAUAAAGCCAAAGGACUUAAUAAAACUUUGAAGACUUGUGAAGCUAUUGAAUUUGAGAAAAAAACUAUGUGCUUCCUCACUGGAAGCCAUGUUGAAGUUCGUCGUUUCCUUCCUAGGACAUGAUGCCAAGGUAUACUCAAGCCAAAAAGAAGAUUCCACAACUACCCUCAAAAUCUUUGCCAGAGAAGCUGUGGCAAAUGAUGUUCUGGUUUGCCAUAAGAUGAAUUACUUGUACGCUGUCUAUCUUUGCCAUUCAGCAAAAGAAACCAUUGCCUAUCGCCUUCAACUUAUUGGACCAAAAUUAGAGAAGGUCACACAAAUUGUGGUUUACCAUUGCAACACGUCCAGCUGGAACACAAUGCACAUUGCAUUUGAGUUGCUUCAUGUCCAAAAGGGGGAAGCAAGUGUAUGCCAUUCCACUCCAAUUGAUAUUUUAGUGUGGGGAUUUGGACUUGUUUAAAAGUGGUUUAUGUCUAUGUGUACUUGCUGUGGUUUAUGGUUUAUGUACCCAGUAGGUUUUUGUGUGGGAGAAGGAAUGAAAAAGAAAUAGGGAGAAAGGAAAUACCAAUUUGUGGCAAGAAACAACAUCCCUUGCCACAAGUUCCUUGUUGAACACCUUCAAUUCCAAAACUGAAUAAUCUUAGAUUUGACUA